AGUGCUAGACUUUUAUCGUUAUCGUUGUUUGCGCCGACAGCUUACCUACUUAACCACAGUGUUUUGUCGACGUUGAUACUAGCAGUAUCGUUUUGCUAAACAUUGAGGUAGAAAAAUGCCUUCUUACAAAGUUACAUACUUCCCAGUUAAAGCUCUAGCUGAGCCAAUCAGAUUUCUUUUGAGUUAUGGCGAUAUUGAAUUUGUUGACGAUCGUUUCAACAGAGAAGAUUGGCCAAAAAUCAAACCAAAAACUCCAUUUGGUCAAGUCCCUCUGAUUGAAAUUGAUGGCAAAGUUAUUAAUCAGUCAACUGCUAUUUGUCGUUACUUGGCCAAGCAAGUAGGCUUAUCUGGAAAAGAUGACUGGGAGAAUCUUGAAAUCGAUGCUACUGUUGAUACCAUUCAUGACAUUAGAGGAAAGAUCGCUGCCCAUCACUAUGAAGAUAAUGCUGAAGCAAAAGCAGCCAAACUUGCUGCAGCCAAAGAAACAGUUCCAUUCAUGAUUGGCCGCCUUGAUGAACAGGCCAAGAAAAAUGGAGGAUACCUGGUCGGUGGUAAACUCACCUGGGCUGAUCUUCUAUUUGUUGCAGUUUUGGAUUACCUUAAUGCCAUGGCCAAAUAUGAUAUUAUUGAAAAUGCUGAAACUCUUAAAGCUUUAAGAACUAAAGUUCUUGAAUUGCCUAAGAUUAAAGCGUGGGUUGCCAAACGCCCAGAAUCCGAAUUUUAAAUCGUUUCAUUGGUAAUUUGAAUGAAUAUGCAUUUCCUAAUAUUUUUUAUCUUUGUAUUGUGCUGCGCUCAUAAAAUGUAACAGAUUGUUAAUUCUAUUUGAAAAAUGUUUUAAAAGUUAUUAAUAUUGAAUUGACACUAUUAGUAAAAUAAAUUUUUAAAUAUUAAA